UGUGAAUAGAAUACAGAAUAUUUUGUUAGUUCGAAUACUGUAUUGAUAAUUUUUUAAAUAUAUUAAUUUAUUUAAAUAAAAAUGAUAUUUAAUAAAAUAAUUAAUAUCGGUUUUCGAAGCAAUUUUACACAUUUAGCUGCAAGGACUUUCACUUCGCUUCAAAAUUUUAUUACGCAAACAGCUUUAGUGCCGUACAAUAAUGGUCUACCAAUAAUGCCUUCGCAAACUUUUAUACAAAAAUCGCAAAUUUUACAACCCGUUUCUUUUUUGAUAAAUCAAGUAGCAGGAUUUAAAGUUAAGGGAAGAUUAAAAAGAAGAUGUAAGGACUGCUUUUUUGUAAUGAGGCAACAGAGAUUGCAUGUUCUAUGUAAAACACAUCCUAGACAUAAGCAAAUGGCAAUGAAGGCUAAAGAUAAAAAAUCGUGGAUAUUAACUCAUGCAACUCAAUCACAUAUAAGACCAUAUUAAUACGUAUGUAUAUAGAUAGUAGGAAAAUGUAAUAAAAACACAAAAUU